AUGGACGCGUUAACGCUGAUAUUCUGCAUUUACGUUGCCCUGGGCGCGGUACUUGUUAUAGCCAAUGGCUACUGCCUAUAUGUUUUGUUACGGCGACCGAUAUUGUUGCGCCGCUACUGUGUUAUUCUAGUCCAGCUGAUAGCAACUGUAGCAAAUGGAAUCGCUAUGUUAACAUCUGGGAUAGCGCGGCUGAUCAUACAACAUAUCGACUAUACAACACCCACCAGUAAGCGGAUAUGCAUGUUUGCACCAUGGAAUUUACUAUUCGUAUGGGCUGAACCGCUGGAAGCCACUUCGCUGUUACUGUUGAGCACCGAUCGAUUUUUUGCCGUAUUUACGCCGAUACUAUAUUUCCGGAAACAUUAUACUAUUGAAAUUACUCAGAUAGCUGUUUGUGUUACUGCAAUUAUUGUAUAUACGUUUGCAAGUUGGGUUUUCUCAUGGCUGGAAACUGAGCCUAUUGUUUCACCUAUGUGCUGGACAUCAAAAAGUCAGAAUCCAUUUUUCGUUACAUUUGGACUGGUAGUUACGAUUGGUGCAUCAGCAGGCAGUGUGUUAUUGUACAUUGUGGUGUACGUUAAGGCACGAUCCUUACGGAAAACAAUUAAAACUCAAUCUGUUCAGGCAUCAGUUGCAGCAUUCGAACGACGGCAACUGAAACUAACUCGUACGAUGUGUGUUUCCUGCGUAAUGACAACAAUUUUUUACGUGGUUCCUUCGUGUAUACGUUUCAUCUUCAGUGGCAAAGUUGUGCAGAUCACCGAGUUUGUGACUGCUUACAGAACAAUCAGUUGCAGCAUAAAUCCGUUUGCCGUGAUCAUGACGAUUUUUGUGCUGCAGGAAGAUAUCCGACAAGCUGCUUUCGAUUCACUCCCUCAAAGCAGCUUGAACGAUAGCACUUUGCCAACAGCCGUUGGCUCGCCGAGCAUUUUCGAAAGCAGCUCAAAGGCGAUUUGUCCAUCCGGCAUGCGACAGUUAGAUCCAUUCAAACGCUCUGUGAUUCUGUCGAAUUUUCUCUCACUAACAAGUUCGAUCCAACCGCGAAAUCGCUGCAUCAUCGCAGCAAUUCUGCUAGCUAUUUUUAGAUAA